CACACUCGCUUGAGUCAUCAGAGGAGCCUUCAUUACCGUUGUUUGGCCGUGUACUUCUUUGGUUGUUUAAUUAAAUAUCUAUCAAAUAAAAAUUCAAAUAUUUAUUCUCUGCUAUUCAUCAACCGGCUGAAGUGAUGAAGGAGUGGGCGGAUGGGGGGCGCAGUCGUCGUUUAAGAAACUCCAUGAAGAGCGCAUGCGCAUGGAUUUGAAGAGAAUACGCCAUAUUGAAUUCCCGUAGGAAACGGCUAGCAUUUUUUCCCUAGCGAUGUACGGGGGCCACUUUAUCAAUGGUCCUAAUUCGGUUUAAUGUUUAAAUACUUCUCUUUUUAAUUAUCCCGGGCAGUGUAGCGACCUUUCAAAGGUCCAGGAAGCGGCUCAUAUCCACAACGGACUCGCUAGUGUUAGUUAGAUACUUCUAGGGGGGUUACCAGAGGAAGAAGUUGAAUGGAUCCGAGGGUAGCUUGGAUUCAGCCCGAACAGAAAGGACCUGCGAAUGCCUUAUGGAUGCAUGUCUGGGAGACCUCUCAGGGAGUACGGACACUCUCCGCUCAGCAGCAACUCCACAAUCAAAACCACAACCAGUGCGUGAAUUACACUGCACUGGAUGUUUUAAAAAAUGUGGCGACCGCGGUGGCAUCGAGCAAGAGCAUUUGCAGCAGCAACGGUAACGCUACUGCCAGUUUGAGCAACGGCAGCAGCCAUCACAGCAUCAUGAACGGCACUACUAAUAUUAACGGCACUGCGAUUUCCUCGCUGGGGAUAGCGCUGUCCAACGGGAACGUACAUAACUCCUUAUCUACGCCAACCACCGCUGAACCAGGUGAGGGAAAAACCCUUCCCCAGAAGACGGGAUCUGUCUCCUCCUCGUCGUCCUCACAGGAAUCCGGGACGGACAGCCCCCCUUCCAGCUGCUCACUUGAGAGGACUAUGUGUGGAAAUGUAACGGGCAACAUGAAUAAAAACGUCGGGGGUGCCAAUCUGCUUUUCAGCAUGAGCGACAACAUGGACAAUAAUGUCAACCUUUACCACCAACAUCAUCGUCACCUACAAGAGCACCCGGCUUUCAGUUUGCAGCAGAUUUGCGUGAAGCGCCAUCAGGUUCACCCAUCUGUACCUGUAAAUCACACACACAGUCACCACCCAGGCCGAAGGAAAAGUGACAACAAAGCGAGCACUUAUGGAAUGAAUUACUUGCUUUCAAACUGCACUAAUGGCAAUUAUGCGAGCACUUGGACACCCUGGAAGACUAGGAAGUACAGUCCUGGGGUCCUUGGACUCCACGAGGAAGUGAUGGACUUCUACAACUUCAUGUCUCCUCGGCCAGAGGAAGCAGCUAUGAGGAAGGAGGUGGUGAACCGGAUAGAGAUGAUCAUCAGGGAGCUGUGGCCAAGUGCAGAUGUCCAAAUAUUUGGCAGCUUCAGCACAGGGCUGUACCUUCCAACAAGUGAUAUUGACCUGGUGGUGUUUGGAAAGUGGGAGCGUCCCCCGCUUCAGGAGUUGGAACAAGCUCUUCGCAAGCAUAAUGUGGCAGAACCUUUCUCCAUUAAAGUGCUGGACAAGGCUACAGUGCCAAUCAUCAAGCUGACAGACCAGGAGACUGAAGUGAAGGUGGAUAUCAGUUUCAAUGUCGAGACUGGGGUCAAGGCAGCAAGCUUUAUUAAAGAUUAUGUUAAGAGGUAUCCGGUGCUGCCUUACCUGAUCUUUGUGCUGAAGCAGUUUCUGCUGCAGAGAGAUCUGAAUGAAGUCUUCACCGGGGGAAUCAGCUCUUACAGCCUCAUCCUCAUGGUCAUCAGCUUCCUACAGCUCCACCCUCGCAUUGAUGCCAGAAUCCCCAAUAAGAAUUUGGGUGUCUUGCUGAUAGAGUUCUUUGAGCUGUAUGGUCGCCAUUUCAACUACUUGAAAACUGGGAUUCGUAUCAAAGAUGGAGGUGCAUACGUAGCCAAAGAGGAGAUCAUGAAGGCCAUGACUAAUGGAUACAGGCCAUCCAUGCUCUGCAUAGAGGACCCUCUGCUUCCAGGUAACGAUGUAGGGAGGGGCUCCUAUGGUGCCAUGCAUGUCAAGCAGGUGCUUGAUUAUGCUUACACUGUCCUGAGUCAUGCUGUGUCCCCACUUGCACGGUCAUAUCCCAACAAAGACUCUGAAAGCACCUUGGGCAGGAUAAUCAGACUGACCCAGGAAGUGAUCGACUACAGGGAAUGGAUCAUUAAGAAGUGGGGGGGCAGGGACGUGGCUCGAACAGAGAACAGAGUUUCCCCUCCCAAGGAGCCGGUGUCGGAGCAGGAGCCCUCUGUACUUGGCGGUGGUGUUGGUUCAGAGGAGCAGCAACGGGACUCGGUGUCACCCCACAGCGCAGACUCCCCCAUGUCCAUCUCCAGCCCCCAGCAGCACUCUUCGGCCUCGUCUGUCUCAUCGCUGUCCGGGUCAGACAAUGACUCUGAUUCAACGCUCCCGUGUCCCGUCCCUCCGCCAGCCCUCCCUCCAUACCCGUCUUUCCCGCCUCUGGGCUUAGCUUUACCGCCGGGCCUCAGCAUGGGCACGGGCAAACCUGGCAUGGGAGGACACCAUCUCCUUAUGCCUCCAGGCUCUCAGGCUCGUGUCUCACUGCCCGGUGGUCUAGCAAUGCACUCCAUACCUGGCAGACAGGUGUGUAUAGACACCGGGCUCCCCCCCUUCUUCCACAUGCCCCCCCCAGCCCAUGCUCAUGCCCCUGCCCCCUCCAGCCCCCAGCCUCCGCCCAGCCCCCACUCCAGCCACACACACAAGAAUGGAGCCAAGUUCAAUAUGAAGGGCUUCCACAACCCGCCACUGGUCAACAACCCUGUUCUAGCUAACCGCGGACACACACACACACAGUAUCACCGCAACACAUGGCGACGCAGAAAGAGGGACAGCCUACCGGUUAGCCUCAGCAGAUAG